AUGAAGUCACCCAUCCAAGACCUCUUGGUUAUUCUGGAACUUGGAAGGGCGCAUCUUGUUAAUCUCAAUGUUCUGAAUGAUGAUGAUCACCAAGUAAUUGUGUUCCCAUUUGCUUCCGAUCAGUUUGCUCAUUUCAACCACGAGCAGCUCAGCAAUAGCGAAAAGCUGCUUAUGACACUGCCAAGUUACAAUCCGGGUAAUAACGGAGACUCACGGAAUGAUUUGGAGGUUGACCUUGAGGACGACCACAAGAGUUUUACAAUUUACAAUGAAUCGACUCAGUUUACUGUUCCCUUGGUAAAUGAUUUUGAAUAUCUAUCGGAUAAGGAUCCUGAUCUUUUCAAAGAUAUCGAAUACCAGAGUCCUUCUAUCACAGAAUGUGUGAAUUCCAGACUUCAUAGCAUUCCACGAGAUCCCGAGCACCCACAGUCGAAUUUGAUACUUGCGCAUAUGAAUGAGUGUAAAAGCAGUUCGACCGAAGCUCAACCAACUCCAGACUCAUGUAACCUACCAAUAGAUUAUAGGUGA